AAAUUGCUACCCAGCUUUCUUAUAUGGUUAUCCCAAAUUCUACUUCAAUGAGCUUUAUGUACCAUUUUAAUGUGACAUGGUUAUCCCAAAUAUUUAUAUUUGUAAAGUAAAUUCCGUAAUGUCGCAUAUUAGUCUACCUGCUUUAUGGUUGAGCGAACCAUCUGCAUAGGAUUGCCAUGAAUCUGGUUGAGGAAGUUGAGAUGCAUUUGUCUGCUGCACAAAUGGAGCCAUGCCUGAAAUAUGAUAGCAUAUGAUAAAUUAGUAUGACAUAUAUAUACUUGCAUCCAAAAUCACACCAUGUAUAUGAUAGCAGAUGUUAAGAACGCAUUACCUGUUGCAGGUGUCUGGGUGACUCCCAAUUGUCCAGCAGAUGGUGUAUGCCAUAUUGCGGUAUCGUUAUUGAGAUUAUCCAGUAUAGUUGCUUGUUUUUUAAGUUCUCGUGCUUCACGCCGGCGCCUUGAAAUCUCAUCUUUAUGUCUAGCAUAAUAUUCUCUAUCCCUUUUCCUUUUGACCUCUUUAGGAUCUGCAUGUACGACAAAAUAAACUUUAUAUAACAGCAAGCGAUUUAAACAAAGUCACUGUUGUUAGUCACGUAGGUUUUACCCGUUGGUUAUGUCCUGAAAUGGAGUACGGUUCGAUGAUGACAUGUUUUGUUAUGCUUCCUUUGCCUGCAAAAGUAAAUGGUAUUAAAAGACUGCAGCAUAUGUGAAAAUUUGAGCUUUCUAAAACACAGUAAACAUAAAAGUUUGAAAAACCUAAGAAGAAAUCUGAAGUAAGCAUAACAGCUUCUCAGGUUUAUCAGCUACCACUACAGAAAGCAGUCAAACAUCCAUCCUGGUUGCAAAUGUGAUGUCACUUUCCGUACUAACUUCUUCCCAGCUAUUUAUAUUUUUUAGAUGCAUGUGGCACGCACGAUUAAUCAUCUUCUAUUUGAGCUUUCAUACUCAUUUUUAUUCCACUCUCUGUCAUAGAAUGUUGGAAAAUAUUUUCAAGACUUGGAAUGCUGGAAUUCUUGGUCCAGUGAGACUUUAUGGCCAGAAUGAGGGAAGAAGAGAUCUCACAUGGCAGAAAUGAACUUAUGAGUAAUGCUGAUGGGCCAUACAGCAUGCCAAUCUCUAUCAGGCAUGCCAUGCAACUCCAAGUUAAGGCAGAGAUGUUGAUUUUGUGCGAGGACAUGACCAGUGACCACCGGCCUAAAAUAUUCAAGAAAAUCGAGGAGAUUCCAAAUGUGAAGGAAAGGUGGUUCAAUUGGACAACACUGAGGGGAAUUAGCUUCAUCUAUCAUUCAUUCAACAAGAUAACUUGUUACGUACAAAUUGUCAGUAUGAUUAAAUGGGAUGUGAGGCAGCCUCCUUGGAGCAGUUGGAGUUGGAGGAGCAGCUGCCGACGGCAGGUGCUGGGCGGCAUCCUCGAUGGUGUCGGCGGUGACGUCUUGUUGGUGUUGAUCCGUGAUGGUAUCCUUCGUGAAGGACUUGCUGGCGCGGUUGGCGGCAACUACGCACUACGGUCUAGCUAUUGACCAUGGUGAGUUGAUGGACAUGGAGCAGUUCGAGUUGGCAUGUGUAGGGCGCCGGCGCUGUCGCUAGUCCGUGGUGCCGAAGGUCGGCGAGGGCGCUGGGAGGCGACGGUCGUGCGGAUGAAGAUCGGCGAGGGGACGAAGGUCGGCGAGGGAGCUGGGAGGCGACGGUCGUGCGGAUGAAGAUCGGCGAGGGGACGAAGGUCGGCCGGGGAGCUGCGAGGCGACGGUCGUGCGGGUGAAGAUCGGCGAGGGGACGAAGGUCGGCCGGGGAGCUGCGAGGCGACGGACGUGUGGGAUGAAGGUGGGCACGUUUUGGUAACGGUUUUAUUUGGAGAUGCGUUAGUGGAGAUUCGUCCGGAUUGUUCAAUUAAUGUAACGAUUGGAGAUGGUUGUCCGGUUGUCCGUCCGGGCUGAUCUAGACCAUACGAUCUGUUUUGGUUGGUUCUGAUUUAAUGGAUCUGCCCCCUUCUGGGACCUUUUAUA